ACGUCACUUCCGCUGCCGUUGCUGCGACACGGGACAUCAACAGCCAUGGCUGACAAGGAGAAGCGCCGGUCUGCGGCUCCUCUUUCGGGGAUGCCCGCGGGCAAAGCCGUCAAGUCGGACGGUGACAGGGACUUCCUGGAGCAAACCGGUGUGGGAGAGCUGCUCCAGGGGGCGAUCCUGAAAAUGGUCGAGGCCAGGUCGGAUGAUCCCAUCGGGUUCCUGGCCGACCACUUCUGCAAUCUGGCGUCCGUUACUGACAGCGGCUCUUCUGGAUGCGGAGAGGAGCAGCAGCGGAGCAGCGGCGCUGCGGGCGUAGGCGAGCAGGAACAGCAGCGUCUGAACCGGGCGCUGUGGCACCUGCGGCUGGCGCAUCACUCUCAGAGGUCAGCUUUUAGCAACAACGUCCGUGUGGCCUAUGAUCUGCUCAACCUGAAUGGCUGUCAAAGACAUGCAGUUGAGGCUGAUGGCUCCUGCCCUGAUAUCCCUACUGAAGUAGGAGGAGGAGUAAAAGGAGGCCUCUACACACAGACUCUGCAGUGCCUCUGCAGUGAAGGAGGAGUACCUGCCUCCACAUCCGCCCCGCUGCUUCAACGCCUCUGCUGCCAGGACCACGAAGCCGUCCCUUAUGAUGUCUUCCGCCACGGAGUGCUCACCUGUGCUGUUUUCUCAGACUACAUCCGGCAGGCUCAGAGGCUUUACGCCGAGGUGUGCUGCCCCGAUGAGGGGCCUGCCUCCCAGGCGCUCUGCCUUGCAGUGCUUGGGACCUUAAAGGAAGCUCUUGAGACAUCCCAGGGGCAAGAUGCAAACUGUUUGGCUAAUGCCAACACCAAAUCUAAUGUUUGUUUGGAUAAAAAAGCAAAGGCUAUCUGCUACUUGGAGGCCAGUGCCAAGAUCUCCCCCCACAAAGUGGCACAAGCCAUGGCGGGGGCACAGACCCGCUGCCCCGGUGGCGACAUGGACGCAAAGGAGUUUGAAAACGCUGCUGCAGACCUGUUCAUCGACCGUGUGAAAGUUGUAGCUUAGAGUUACGUAUAAAUCGUGAAUGUACAGCAUUAGACUAUAUAAGUCCUUAGAUUGUAUUCCCCUCUAAUAAAACCUUAUGAAAACAUA